CUUUCUUUUCUCUAAUCCCAUCUCGUCGAUCUCUCGUUGGCUGCCGCUGCUUGAUCGAAUUAAGUCGGCUUGCCCCAGGUAUUUUCCGCUCCAAAUACCAGAUUUCAAUUGCUUGGACCGUUCUUUGCUCUGUUCUAAGAGGGCCCUUCAAUUUGCCAAGUCGAGCUCAGUAUACUCGUCAUCCUUUCAGCGCCUGCCUUCGCCAAAGCGAACGUUGUCUGAAGACAAGAAAUGAAGAACUCGAUUCCAUCCGAUGUGUGGGAGAGGAAGAAGGCUCUUAUUGCCCAGCUGUACAAGGACGAGGAGUGGCCUUUGAAGCAGGUAAUUAAGAAGAUUCGUUCUGAUGACUUCAAUCCAAGUGAAACCCAGUUGCGAAGCAGACUGAAGAAAUGGCGGGUCACCAAGCCUUCUCGUCAGACACGCAAGAAGUCCAAUGAUAGCCAACAAGAGGGUUCUGGCGAAGACAGUAGCCGUGAGGACGGCUCUCCCAAGGAUCAAGUCUCUCCCAAAUCACGCUCGACCCUCCGUUCGGCUGCAACUAGUCUUUCCUUGCAUGAGGCAGAUUGGUUCAUGAACGGGUCUUUUACGCCGCACGACAACCUACCGGUCACAGUCCCUUGGGCUCCUAUACUGGCGCAACAAUCACCAUCAAGCGAAUCUAACAAACAACGGGAUGCGUCGCAUGCUUCAAUGAUGUUCCCCUCGAGCUCUGCCACCAAUACAUCGUCUUUGCUAGAUGAUGUGAUGGUUAAUCCAACUGCAAGUAUGGCUCCCGUCUUCCAGGACCAUCCUUGUGGCUUCACUACCGAAUCCUGCAUGCAAACGCCCGUUUCGACGGCGGCGACGACUGGACCAAUUCAAUGGUCGAUUCCCCAAUGGUAUUCGAUGCCUCUCGAACCCGGCGCCCAAUCUCCCCCGAUGCCUUACUAUACCGCAGCUCCCUUAAGUCCUCCUAUCGAUCCUGCCAUGCAUCUGAUGUCUCCCCCAGGACCACAGCGGGUAUUCGCACCACAAACACCACCCGCAGCCAAUAUAUCAAGUCAGCAGCUCGCUGACUUGCAUAACAACGACGGCGCGCAAUUAUGGAAACGUACCAUGUCUGCCCCAUAUGUCCAGGAUACCGCUGGCGGUCACUCGAGAGUGGAACAAAAGGGCAUGCCGUCCACAUCUCUAGACGGAAAGGCAUCACUUUCUUCCAGGACCACGAGCCAACAUAAUAUGGGGUUGAUGACCCCACCACCCUCAUUCUUCCCUCAGGGGCAGCACCCUGCGAUGUGUGCACCUAUCUAUACCUAUCCGGGACCUGAGCCUCUUGUCCAUCGACCUCCGAGUAUCGACUUCUGAGAAACACAGGUUGUCGCCUAUUUUUUCUCAUCAUCCAUGAUUAUCUUGCUAAUGUGUUCUUUUCUUUGCGGCUCAUGCAUCGGAGUCGUACUUCGUGUGUCU